AUGGGCCGCGAGUUUGGAAACCUAGCGCGGGUGCGGCAUGUGAUCACCUAUAGCUUGUCGCCCUUCGAACAACGCGCUUUCCCUCACUACUUCAGCAAGGGUAUCCCCAACAUGCUGCGCCGCACUCGGGCGUCCAUUCUGCGUGUCGUGCCUCCAUUUGUAGUGUUUUAUCUUGUCUACACAUGGGGGAACCAAGAGUUUGAGAAUUCCAAGAGGAAGAAUCCAGCUGCCUAUGAAAAUGACAAAUGA